GUCAACGUGACGUCAGAAGGAGUGCGAUGUCAAAAGAGAGCAGGGAAGAUGGCGGACGUGAAGAAUCGCUAUCCGCUUCACGAAAGCGUAUUUUCCGGCGACGUUCGUCGCGUGGCAUCUCUACUCAGAACGCACGACGUGGCCCAGAAAGACAUGAACGGAAAUACACCAUUACAUAUUGCUGUUAUGUUGGGACAUAAAGAAUGUGUGCAAUUGUUACUUGCGCAUGGAGCGCCGGUCAAAAUGAAGAACAUCUAUGGUUGGAGCCCAUUGGCGGAGGCCAUCAGUUACGGAGACAGACAGACAAUUGCGUCUCUGUUGAGAAAACUGAAAUCUCAAUCUCGCGAAGCGAUGGAAUUAAGAAGACCCGAUUUAAUUCGUGCGUUAAAUCAAAUGGGUGACUUCUUUAUGGAGCUGAAAUGGGAUUUUCAGAGUUGGGUUCCUCUCGUGUCCAGAAUAUUACCUUCAGACAUAUGUCGAAUUCACAAGAAAGGUUCAAAUAUCAGGUUAGAUACGACUCUAGUCGAUUUCAGUGAUAUGAAAUGGGAAAGAGGCGACAUCAGCUUUUUGUUUAACGGAGAUGCGAAACCUUCAAAGUCGCUGAUCGUUCUGGAUAACAAACUAAAAGUUUACCAGAUAGUAAGAUACGAGGAAUCUGAAGCCGAAAUAGAAGAUGAAGUGGAUAUUUUGAUGAGCAGCGACAUAGUUGCGGCCCAAAUGUCUACAAAAUCCAUAACUUUCACACGAGCGCAGACGGGCUGGCUAUUCAGAGAAUAUAGAACAGAGAUGGUCGGACCAUUUUUAGCAGAUUUCUACAUUAUUAAUGGACUCUUAUUAGAAUCACGAAAGAGGAGAGAACAUUUAACGGAAGAAGAUUUACAAAAAAAUAAAGCAAUAAUCGAAAGUUUUACAAAGGGAAAUUCCGUCAAUUUGGACGGUUCGGAGCCGCAGAGGAGAAAGUCGUUACAGCCUCCGAAGGUGUCUCGAAUAAGUUGGGAGGAAUACGUCAACGCGCCGGUGGGAAAGAACUGCCACUUGGGACGCAGCAUGAUGUGCAAAGAGACGUCGAAAGUGUUUAAAGCCACACUGGCCAUGAGCGAAGAAUUUCCUCUCUCGGUCGACGCUCUGCUGAACGUUCUGGAGGUCAUCGCGCCCUUCAAACACUUCAAUAAGUUACGGGAGUUCGUUCAGAUGAAGUUGCCCUCCGGCUUUCCCGUCAAAAUAGAUAUUCCCAUUCUGCCCACGGUGACGGCCCGAAUCACCUUUCAGGAUUUCCACUUCCGCAAAGACCUGGCCGACGCCCUGUUCGACGUACCCUCCGAGUACCAAGAAGACCCCAACAGAUUCCCGGAUUUAUGAUUCCCGGGAGACUUCACCCUGGUCACUCUGGAGGCGGCUUUCGGCGGCGUGGGGGCGUCGUCUCGAGCCGACGCUUCCGGACGCCGGCCCCCUCCGCCUCUCCCUCCUCUUCGCCCUCCUCCGGUAGAAAGCGAAAACGUCACCCUGGUUUUGGAUCUGCCCGUUUCUCUGGGAUGCGGCAGUAUUUAUUCCUCUUGCAUCCGUUUGUUUUUCGAGCUCUGAUCUCUCCCCCCUCUCUCCGCUCUUCUUUCUCCGCCGGUUUAAUUUAUUUAUUAGAAAUCGCCCCCCGCCCUCCGGCCCGGGGGGCGGCCACAUAUCUCCGCGCCGCGGAAUUUGCGGAGCGGCGUCACGUCGACGACGCGCGCGUUUCUGCCCGCCGCCGGGAGAGACCGCGCGUCGUCUUCCGCCGCGGCGCCCUGUAAAUAGCGUGUAAGUAUCCAGCGUGACGUGGUAAUUUAAAUUUUGUAGCGGUGGGCCGUGGCGCGUCGACGCCCCCCGAGCGCGCGCGUCGAGCCUCCGCCGGAGACGAC